AACUCUCGCGAGAGCGGUCGCGUUAAAGGCUUUCCUUCUUCCGCCUUCCCUUCAGUGUUGUUUUGAGGCGACGCGAUGACGGUUUGUAGGCCUUAGGCCGGGCUUCCGCGUUUGAGGGGUUGGAAGGGAGCGUCCGCCAUGUCUCUGCCGGGCUCGCCUUCCUCGUCCCUGGGCUCUCGGUGGGCGCCGACCCACGUCCAGGUGACGGUUCUUCAGGCGCGGGGCCUGCGUGCCAAGGCCAAAGGCGGGCAGGGCAGCGACGCCUACGCCGUGAUGGCGCUGGGCAAGGAGAAGUUCGCCACCUCGGUGGCCGAGCGCUGUUCGGGCGCGCCCAUCUGGCGGGAGGAGGCCACCUUCGAGCUCCCACCGCCGCCGCGACAGCGAGGACGAGGAGGAGGCGGCCUGGGCCUGGUCCGCGACGAAGGGGACGCCGAAGGGCCCGCCCCGCUCGCCGCCCUCCAGCUCACCGUCUUCCACCGCGCUCUGCUCGGCCUCGACAAGUUCCUAGGCCGCGCCGAGAUCAGCCUGGCCGAGCUGCAGGCCCAGGGGGGCCGCCACGCCAAGAGCUGGUACAAGCUUCACUCCAAACCAGGAAAGAAGGAAAAAGAGCGGGGUGAGAUUGAAGUGGAUAUCCAAUUCAUGAGGAGCAACAUGACAGCCAGCAUGUUUGAUCUCUCCAUGAAGGACAAGUCCCGGAAUCCAUUUGGCAAGCUGAAAGACAAACUGAAGGGGAAGCGUGGCAACGGACUACCAGACACAGCUUCAGCAAUUAUUCCUAGCAUUAGUCACUCUCCAGCUGACAGUGAGGAAGAAUCAAAUGAGAAAGAGAAGAAAAAAUCAAAGUUCAAGACACUAUUCUCCAAGCCGGGCUUGCAGAAGAACAAUCUCUCCCAGUCUAUGUCUGUGCUCCCCAGUCUUCAGCCAGUGUCAGAAAAAGUUGUACUUAGACCCAGUGACUUCCAGUCCAAGUGGGAUGAUGAUGAUGAUGACGACGACAAAACUUUGACCCCAGUUUCAGACAAACCUUCUAGAACUGAAGCUAAUAUUUUUUAUCCUCCAUCUGAAACAUCUCACAAGAGAACAGGGAGUGGAGAUAAUAAGCAAUUAAACCAGACAGCUGGUAGCAACACCAAAAAGGAUUCCCACUCUCUGUUUGGUGGCCUGAAAUCCAAAACUGAUCCAGCUUCCCGGUCCAAUGUAUGUAUCAAUGGCAGCCAUGUUUACAUGGAAACUAAAAGUGACACUCUCCCAAAAGACAGCACUCCAUCUUCCCCUUCCUCUCAAGCGUUUCAGCGGAAACGUCUCUUUCUCUCUCAUGAGAAUUUGGCUUCUGAAGUCACUGAGGAACCUGAAGCUACUGGAAGAUUGCCCCCUGAGAAGGUCCCACCUGGAUCUUCCUCACUGGAAUCAUUUAAAGCCAUGACUCUGCCGUCAUACAAACUGCUCAGUGGUGGGGAUUUGCUUGAAAGCCACACUCCCACUCCAGUUAUCUCAGACACUCCAAAAGAAACCAAAGAGAACAAAAAAACGGAGAAUAAGAAACCCGGCUUGCUGUCUCUGGUGACAGGAAAAAAGGAAACUAAAAUCAACGAAGAGGGGGGCGAGAGUUCCGAUAACUCUCUAAAGGCGAAGGGAGCAAAACAUAAUGAGAAGGAACUGCCAAAGAAAGAGACAAAUCCUUUUGAAGUCCCUGUGGAUCGCAAAAAAGGACAUGGCCCAGAGAAGGGCAGUGGCACAGGUGCCCCAAAUACAAAGGCAUCUCUGAACCCUUUUAAUGAAAGUGUUGUGGAAGAGGAGCAACCAGAGAAAAGUUCAUUUGCUGUGAAACCAUCUCAGACCAAGCAAGUCAAGCCCAGACUGGGCGUGUCUUCAGAGGAUGAAACCAAAGCCACUUUCUCUCUCCCUGUCUCUCCUUCUGCUUCUUCUUCAUUCUAUCCUUCUUAUAGAUCUCAUAGUGAGAACAACCCUUUUACCUUUAAAGAGGAAGCUGAGCAGAAAAGUCAGGCUUCUGAAAGAUUUACUAGUUUAGCAAAUCUUUCCAUACAGCAUCGCAGUAAUCCUUUUUCUCCAACAUGGGAAGAACAAUCCAAACAACAAGACUCAGAUUCAUCUGCAGUGACAUCUCUGCACCAUAUUUCUCCUGUUUCUGGGAAGGAAAACAACCCCUUUUCUCCUCAUUGGGGACUAGAAUCCCAGGCAGAGGGGCCUGAAAAUGUUGCUAAACCCUCGUUGGAUUUCCAACAUCCUCCUGUAACUCCUGUUAUUGAAACACAACCUUUUUCUUCUCAACCUUCUAAUGUAAAUGACACUUUGGUAUCUGAAGAGGGAAAAGACUCUGAAAUUUUAGAGAGUGCUUCUACUUCUUUUGCUUCUACCUCUCUAGCUCCAAAGCUUUCUGAUUCCUUGAUCAUUCAUGUUGUACCUUCAGAGAAGUUUCAGAAUAAAGGUAUGAGUAAUCAAACAGAGCCUGGAUAUGUCUCUAACUCUGCAAGUUCUUAUGAUCAAGUUGAAAUGAUAGCAACGAAUCGAACUGAUGAGAAUGUACACAUAGUGCCUCCAUUUGAAGAAAACAAUGCAAGAAUGAAGAAGUCAGUGACCUUUGUCCUCAGUGAGCCAAAAGAUAAUGAUGUCGUGAGUAGUGGAGAUGAAGAUGUUUUGGGAGAAGAUCAAGUUGAGAUGUGGUCUGAUGAUGAAAAUGUUACGCUAAAAUCUGCUGAAAGGGACCGAAGACAAAAAGUUGAACUGGACGUAGAGCCUAGCUCUGCUUCCGUGUCCCGUGAUGCUCCUAACAACAAGAAUGCUCCCAAAGAUGAAGCUAAAUCUGAUUCCUUACUUGAUAUUGAGCCACCAGUCCCAGUUCCAAGGGUCCGUGUGCCUUUGCCAAAGGAAGUAACUACAUCUAGUAGCAGUUCUCCCCCUGCGCCUCCAAAGCCAGCACCAAGAAGUGCUCCAAAACAAAUAAAUGCAUCGCCUCCUCAAACCAGUGUUUCAGGAGCAGGUGAUGUGCCUGUUUUUAAAGAAUUAUCUUCAGAUAAUUCAGUCUCCAGUGGAAAGUUAGCCAAUACUAGUUCUAUAACAACUUCAGACUCAACUAUAUUUCCAUUUACAGGAGAUGUUAGCAAUAUAGAUCAUUCUGGAAGCAUUAGUAAUCAACCCAACCAUGUAAUAAGCACACAAACUUGUAUUGCAGUUACCGGAGAGCUGAAUUUAAAAUCCUCUGCCCUUCCUGUUAUUCCCGAAGUAGGAUCAGAUGAUGAACAGCUGAAUGAUGAUCACAAGAGCACUGAAAAAACGGGAGCUUGUGGAAACUUGCCAAGGAGUGGAAAUGAUUUCAGAGAGAAAGAGCCGGCAUCAGUUCGAAAAGCUACUGAUGAGAAGCAAACUCUGUCUGUUGUAGUGAAAGAGAAUAGAUCCGAGAGUUCUUUAAAGCCUGAAGACUUACCAGCCAGUCCUUCAGCAGUAAUACAGAGUGCAAGGGGAUUGGAGGAGAAGGAUAGCAAAAUAGUUAAGGAAAAGAGUCAAAAUGAUUGUCCUUUUUCUGAUAAGGCUGUCCCUCUUUCUAAUACUUCUUUCCAUUCUGAUGGUCUUGGCUGUAAUAAUGCAGAACCUCUGAAAACAGCUACGACAGAAGGCUUGGAUGCCAAAGUGGAGGUCUCUGGCCAGAAGAAGCUGCUUCAGGCAUGGGUUUCACCCUCUGAAACACAUCCCAUUCAAACGCCUCAGAGUGGUGGAUCAUAUCCUCCUAAACUCAGACUUCAGCCUGUAAAGCCAAUGAAUACUACACCGAGCAAACCUCCAGCAAAAACGUCAAACAUAGCUACGAAGAUUAUGGAUAACCGGAAUGAAGCUAAUCUAAAGAAGUAUGACUCUUCCGACCCUGCCUACGCUUAUGCUCAGUUAACGCAUGAUGAGCUGAUCCAGCUGGUUUUGAAGCAGAAGGAUUUGAUUACCAAGCGAGAUCUCCAGGUGCGGGAAUUGGAAAACUACAUAGAUGACUUGCUUGUCAAAGUCAUGGAAGAAACGCCUAACAUUCUUCGGGUUCAAGCGUUCACAAACAAGAAAGCUGGAAAGAUCUGAAAUGGCCGUACUUUUUUUGUUUGCUCCAGGGAGAAUGUGCUCUUCAAAUAAUUAUUGCUUGUACCAAAAAUCGGGUUGUCUGUCUCUUAAGUUAAUGACUAGCUUUAUUUCGGAGACUGGUUAAUAUAUUCUUGUAGUCCAAAGUGACCUUAAUAUCACACAAACAAAAACAGCCUCAUACGUUUCAGUACACUGUUUAUAUAUUUUGCUGCUCUAUCAAGGUUAAAGGCCUUUGAUUAUAGUACUUUGGAAGGAGGUGCGAGCCAGUUUUCAGCUGUGAAUUGGGACAUUUUAAUUGUGUUCUCUUUUAAAGUGUAGUUUUCAAACCCAAGCAUUUGACUUGCGGUCCUGCCACACAGCCCAGAAUAUCAAGGCAGAAAAUCCCACAUUAUCUGAGUGUGGAAUCAAAGCAGAUAUUGUGGGAAUUUUCUGCCUUGAUAUUCUGGGCUGUGUGGCUUCUUUUAAAUGGUAUUUUAAGUAUUGGGUUAUAAUAUAAGUGUUCAUAUUCUAAUUAAGAUGUUGGACAAACUGAUAUCAUCACAAAGUGCCUUGUUCUGAUGGGAGUUUUGAGAAAAUAAAGAACCAGGGUGCCCUUAAAGCAACAGAAGUCAUUCGACUUUUUGCUGCACUACUUCAGUGAUUUGUUGAAAGCAUAGCUGCGUUGUUAAGUUCUAUGUUCCAGUUAGUUCAGUGGUUUCCCCUGCUCUUCACCAGCUGUACAGUCGGUCUGAUAUAGGGCUGUGUGCUUUGGCUGCCGCAAAGGGAAGAAGGAAAUAUUAGCCUUUGCACAAGGCUUAGGCUAACUUAGACUUGUAUCUACUAUUAGACCAUGCAUGGGCAAACUUGGGCCUUCCCUCCAGGUGUUUUGGACUUCUACAAUUCCUAACAGCUUCAGG